AUGUCAGCACCCUCCUAUCGCUAUCCACCUUCCACAAACACUUGUGGAAAUCGUGGUCAUGGAAGAAAACCUCGUUAUGAUACACGUAAUAAAGAUAUUGAUCCAUCAUCUUAUAUAACACCAAAUACGCACCAUUAUCAUCGUCGUCCAUUAUCACCAGUAUCAGUUGGAGAUGUAUGCAAUCGUGUUAGUAAAGUUUCAUUUGAAAAUAAUAAUCACACACACAAUAGUCGAAUACGUAAUCGUUCCGCAGAACCUCAUCAUCCGGAUAAACCUUAUGAUAAUCGUCCACCAUCAGUUAAUGCUAUUCGUUCUGUUGUACCUGAUCGAUCACAACAUGAACAAAUCCCAAUAUGUUUUCGUCCAGAUUCUGGUGGCACUAAAGGACAAGUUAUUACACUUUAUACAAAUCAUUUUAAAUGUAAUUUAUCUGAGACUCUUGCUAUUAAUCAAUAUACUGUUCAUGUAAAUGUAUUUAAACGUGGUAAAUGGUGUAAUGCAAAUAAACGUCAACAUAAUCGAUUUGAAAUAGUUCAAAAAAUUCUCCAACGAGAAGCUGACAAUUUACCAUUCGUAUGGUUUGAUGAUGGUAAUUUUCUUUAUUCACGAGAAUUAUUACUUGAUAGAGCUAGAACAUAUGAAAUAACAAUAAAAAAUCAAAUAUAUCAAUUAGCUAUUAAAGAUAUGUCAGAUCGUGUUACUGUUGAAGAUAUGUGGCAAUAUGUUCAAAGUAAAACACCAUGUAAACGUCCACAAGAUUUAAUUCGUAUGCUUGAAACAUUACUUAAACAAACAAUUCGUUCACGUAUGGUUUGCAUUCGAAAUCAAUUUUUUGAAAAAAAUCAAAUGUUAUAUGAUGGUGGACCAUUUCAAAAUAGUGGCUUUGCAUUAGCACAAGGUUUUUAUCAAGCGAUGUUUGUUACACAAAUUGGACCGACAUUAACAAUUGAUACAAAAUGUUCAUGUUUUUAUCGAAAUAUUGAUAUGUUACAUUUUCUAUCGAUUUAUCUUGGACGAGAUUUAAAAAUCAAUGGAGCUAUAAUGUCAGCUGAUGAAAAACGUGCAUUAUUAAGAAUGAAAUGUUUGGAAAUCAUUACUGUUGAAACUCGACAUACAUUUAAUAAAAUGGUUUAUAAUAUUCGUGGUUUUGGUGAUAAUGCUGAUCAACAUCCUGUAACAAUAGAUGGACCUGAUGGUGAUUCACGUAAAAUGUCUGUUGCAGAAUAUCUUGUGGAAAAAUAUGAUAUUAAAUUAAAAUAUCCACGUUUACCAACACUUGAAUGUGUUAAUAAAGGUGCACAAAAUUUAUCCUAUAUACCAAUUGAAUUAUGUUUUGUUGAAGAAUGGCAAAUUGUUGAUCGAUCAUUAAUGACAACAGAACAAAAUGCUGAAAAAUCGAAACGUUCGAUUUUAUUACCUGAAGUACGUUUUAAUAAAACAAUGAUGAUUGCUAAUGAAAGAAAUUUUAAUAAUGAUCCAUAUUUAAAACAUUUAUCAAUGACAAUUGAUACAAAUGAAAUGUUACAAGUUAAAGGACGUGUACUUGAACCACCAAAUAUUGUUUAUCGAAAUAAUCGUAUUGCUUCAGUUACAAUUGGUAAAUGGCUUAUGAAAGGAAGUCUCUUACAACAAACUACACGUGUUCAUAAAUGGGAAAUGAUUUUAGUUAAAGAUGGGAAGCGAGAACCAGGACAUAUGGAUAUGCAAAAAUUAGAAGAAUUUUGUCAUAUGUUACCAGAAACUACUCGUCGUUAUGGAAUUCAAAUGAAUCCGCAUUUUGAAACAAAAAUUAUAUCUCAUCAUCAAAUACGUCAAUGUAUUUAUGAUUUACAUGCUAGUGGUGCUGAAUUUGGUUUAUUUAUUUUGAUUGGUGAUUGUCCGGACUCUUAUCAAACUAUAAAACGUUGUGCAUUACAAGAAUUUGGUAUCAUUACUCUUUGUUGUGAUUUGGGUUCAAUUCGAAAGCAAAAUAAUCCUGGCAAACUUAAUGCUUAUAUUGAAAAUGUUGCACAAAAAAUGAAUGCACGUUUAGGUGGAAUUAAUUCAACUGUAUCAUUUAAAAAAAUAUUUGAUGAUCAACCUAAAUCCGAUGGUGAUGUUUUUAUGUUUAUUGGUGCUGAUGUAUCACAUGUUGUUGUUUCCGAACGUAAACCAUCAAUAGCAGCUGUUGUUGCAAGUGUAUCACCAACAUCAACACAAUAUAUAUGUCGUUCAAGUGAACAACGACCAGUAAAAGAUAAAAAAUAUUCAUUAGAAGUUAUUAAAGAUUUUCAACCUAUGACACGUGAUCUUUUACAUGUAUUUGUACAAACAAAUAAACAAUAUCCAACAAAAAUUGUUGUUUAUCGUGAUGGUGUUGAUGAAGGUCAUUUUCAAAAACUACUUGAUAAUGAAGUUCAAGCACUUAAAAAUGCUUGUUUAGAAGUCUAUGGUAAUCGUCCAUUACCUAAAAUAACAUUUGUAAUAAUAAAAAAAUCACAUAAUACACGUUUUUUUGCUCCCAAUGGUCAACGUAUAACAAAUAUGGCAGCAGGAACUGUUAUUGAUACAACUAUUGUACAUCCACGUCAAUUUGAUUUUUAUCUUAAUUCACAUGCUGGUGCACUUGGUACGAAUGUUUGUUCUUAUUAUCAUGUUUUAUAUAAUGAAAUUGAAUUUACAAGUGAUGAAUUACAACAAUUAACAUUUUGGCUUUGUCAUACUGAUGUACGAUGUACAAAAGCUGUUAAAUGUCCAGCAGCUGCACGAUAUGCUCAUACAGUUGCUUAUCAUGCAAGAUAUUUUGAAAAAGAACCAUAUCAAACAACAUCACAAUAUCCAUCAAAUCGAGAUACUGGACAAGUUGAAGAUGAUCUUACUUUAGAAGAUAUCAAAAGUAAUUUGAUCAUGGUUAAUAAAAAUGUUAAAAACAUGAUGUGGUUUACAUAA